UAAUUAUUUUUAUCAAGUGUUUCGAUAAAAAUACAUACAUCGAUUUCUUUCAAAAACAUUUAAGGACAUACUGUCACUAGUCCGGGACGGACAGUCCUCCAAACAAGUCCCAAAGUUGAGAAUAAAGCGAUUCAUUCUUAAAAUGGCGGACAUACAAAAGGGCAACAAUUUCGUGGAGGAUAAGAAGGAAAGUAUAACGAAUGGAUUCGAAGCAAAUAUGGUUGAAAAACCAGUCGAUUUGGAUGAUGUGCUCACUAAUGAACUGGGACAGUUCGGCCGAUUUCAGCUCAGGAACAUGCUACUGGUCGCAGUACCGAUUAUCAUGUCGGCAUUUAUGAGUGAAUUCAUUUUCUCAGCAGCUGCGAUUCCCCAUAGAUGUCAGAUACCAGAGUGUGGUGAAAAAAGCAAUUUAGAAGAUUUUGAGCCUGAAUGGAUUUUAAAUGCAGUUCCAGAAACAAGUACAGGAUUUGACAGUUGCCAAAGGUUCACUCCUAACAGACUAAGUACUAACGGCACCUUAGACAAUUGUCCCGCUAAUCUCUUCAAUCAAUCCUCUACAGUGAGCUGCGAUGGUUUUGUUUAUGCAAGAGACAAUUCUGUUGUGUACGAUUUCGAUUUAGGGUGCCAAGACUGGCUCCGAGCAUUGGCAGGAACAUUAAACAGUGUCGGAACACUAUUGGUAUUGCCAAUUACAGGCUACGUCUCAGAUCGUUUUGGCCGAAGAGUUGCUCUUGUCAUAAGCGUAUUUAACCUGGCUACUUUCGGAGUUAUUCGAGCAUUUUCUGUUAAUUAUACAAUGUAUAUAAUUUUACAAAUUGUACAAACAACCCUAGGAGCUGGAACUUUCAGUUCUGCUUAUAUAUUCGCUGCUGAACUGGUCGGGCCAAAAUAUCGUGUACUAGCAAGUGCUACCUCGACAUCAAUGUUUGCGGUGGGUCAAGUGGUACUAGGCAGUGUGGCCUGGCUGAUCCAACCUUGGCGAUACAUGAUCUUAGCCUUACACGUUCCUUGUUUCCUGAUAAUAAGUUACUACUGGAUUCUCAGCGAGAGUGUAAGGUGGCUCCUUUCAAAGCAGAGGUUUGAAGAAGCUAGAGUGGUUUUAGAAAAUGUCGCCAGAGUUAAUAAAAAGGAAAUAAGUGAGAAAUCUAUGGAGGGAUUGAUGAAUCCGCCCCAAGCAGCCAGUCCUGCAGGUGUUACAGAAGAAGGAAAACCAAAUCUCAUCAAAAGUAUAAUCCGUUCCCCAAUUCUGCUAAGACGAGUGUGUACUACGCCCAUUUGGUGGAUCACUACCACAUUCGUCUACUACGGACUAUCCAUCAACUCCACCAGCCUUUCUGAUACUAUGUACUUAAACUAUAUACUGACGUGCGCCAUUGAAAUUCCUGGAUUUUACACCGCUGUUUUGAUCCUGGACAGAAUUGGCAGAAAAGCAACUUUGUCAGUUGGGUACUUCUUCAGCUCAGCGUGCAACAUUGCUUUUGUAUUUAUUCCUACCGAUUACUACGCUGUACGUUUGGUUAUAUUUUUGCUGGGCAAGUUCGGCAUAUCGACUGUGAUGACGUCAGUAUAUCUUUACACGUCUGAACUUUACCCCACGGAGUUCCGUCACAGUCUGCUCGCAUUCUCAUCCAUGAUCGGCAGAGUUGGGUCAAUAACAGCGCCGCUCACUCCUGUUCUUAUGGAUUACUGGCACGGCAUCCCGUCGAUUUUAUUCGGAGGUAUGGGUAUCCUGUCCGGUCUUCUGGUGCUGACGCAACCUGAAACGCUUGGCACCAAAAUGCCCAAUACCCUAGCAGAGGCAGAGGCACUCGGUAGACCGGAAUCGAAAACACAGAACACAAGAUGAUCCACCCGCCAUAAUUUUAAUUUUAAUGAUCUUUCUUAGAAUAAUAUCUCAAUAAACUAUGUACCUUA